UCUGUUCAGUGAGACCAGAGCGGUGUGUGGCUUAUUGUUUGCCACGGCAUCUUGUAAUGCUCACUUGCUCCUGGGAAAACAGGAGCCACGAAUUAUAUCUGAAGAAACCUACAUAAGUCAUUGCCUCAUCCUCUUUCCUCUUCCCCUCUCUCUCACUCAAUCUGCAAGUGCCAAGUUUGAUUCGUUCAUUUGAGGAAGAUUGUUAGGUGCAUUUGAGUUGCAGAAGAAGCAAAUGGAGAAAAAACAAGUUGGGGAGCUUGUAUCGGUGACGUUCACAUGGAAGAUCGAGAAAUUCUCUAGGUUGAGAUCCCAGAAACAUUACUCCGAUAGUUUUAAUGUCGGUGACUUUGAAUGGCAAAUUGUCGUAUAUCCAAAGGGCAGCAGCGGAAUCCCUGGAACGCAAGACCUGUCGAUAUAUUUGAAAGUGGCAGAUGCUUCAGCAUUGCCGUCUGGGUGGAGUAGAUAUGCCCAAUUCACCUUGACUGUCGUCAACCAAGUCAAUUAUGAUAAGUCCAUAACAGUUGAAACUAAACAUGUGUUCUGCGCAAGUAAAAUGGAUUGGGGCUUCACAUCAUUCAUGCCUCUAAGUGAGCUUUGUGAUGUCGCCCAAGGGUUUAUUGUGAAUGAUACAUGUGUUCUUGAAGCUGAGGUUGCUGUCAGUCAGGUUGACUAUAUGGCCGAAGUCCAGGAAACUUGGUUUCGUCCUCCUAUAAAGCCCUCACACCAUGAAGAUGAAAGGCAAGGGUAUUCAGAUGUGGAAGCUGUACAACUUACAGCGCCUAUUUCUGAACAAGUGCUUGCUUUUCAGGAUGCAACAAGUUCUGAACAAAAGCAAACAAAUGCUGAUUUUGAGCAACAUGAGCAAAAAACCUCUGCCCCAGUUGGCGAGCUCAUGGAUUUCAGGGGUUUAGGGAAAAUAGACAAAGCUUUUGUUCCAUUCCUAGAGGAAGUCUGUUUGUUGCAUCCUUCAUUGAUCGAGUGCCAAAGGAAGAGGAGUCCUAUGUUUACUGAAUGGGCAUUCACAGCUUUGGGUAGACUCCUGCAUUUUCUAAAGACUAACAAGGGUACAGAUAUGAACGAGGAUGCUUGUGAGCACCUUCAACUUUUAUGGGAGGAGCUUGAGUCCUUCAGAUUUGACUUGGCUUGGUUGAAGCCUCAUGUUCAGUCCGCAUUGGGUAUGAAGAAGUUUGUGGAAAGGGAACUAGAGGUAAAAGAGCUGAGAAAUAAUGUGGAUGCUUUGGAGAUUGAAGUCAAGAGGUUGAAGGCUAGGCUAAAUUUGGCAGAGUUAGAUUUUGAGGAUGCGAAAAGAGACAUGGGAGAGGCCGAACAAAGCUUUGUAGAAAUAAAUAUGGAUGGCGAGCUUGGUUAUGGUGGGAUGCAUUAGCCGUACUGCUUCUCCCUUUGAUGUGAAAACCAUAUGCAAUAUAUAUAUGUAUUACAGGCAAAACUCCCUUGUUAAGGGUGAUCCUGUAUGUAAGCCACGGUGAGGGAGACCCCCUCCGUUGCAAUAUUUGUUAUGAACCAAACCCCCUCCAUCUGAACACUAUCAAAAUCCCUGUUGUGGAGAGCUCCAAUACUAUCGAGCAACCACUUGUCAACCGGCAUCAUUAUGUUUUUUGUCGGACGGCCAGAUUCGGGGAGUAGACAGCGGUGAUCGCUGAACUGAGCAGACUGGAAUUCAUCAGUGUCUAAAGUUGAAGUAACCGGGGAAGAGCUUUGGAGGAAGGGAACAUUGUAAAUAAUUGUAUCACAACGUUAGCUGUACUUGCAGUGUUUUUAUGCAAUUUUCUUUAAUAUUCAUGUUUAUGCAGAAGCAAGGUUUUAAAGGCGCUAGUCAAGAGACAGGUAGGGGCAGGGGCCUAACGUCUAGGUGUUAACACUCUGCUAGUUCGUUGUGAGACUUAAUCCAUUUUUCUAUCCCUUUGUGUAGAUUGGGUUAGCCCUGACAAGUGCGAGCAGGGAGAUCGUCUGGUACCCCAAACAAUCGGGGGCACAAAAAAUAUUGGGGUGGUAUAUUCAUACAUGUUUUUGUAAACAUGAAAAUUCUAGUGUCGAAUGAAACAAGAACACGUGUACAAAGUAGUUUUGUAUUGAUUUGAAUUUAUAGGUCACAAUCACUGUUUACUUUUUUCCUCUGAUUCAGUCUUCAAAUUUGAUGUAGAUGCGUAGGUUGUUGAUCCAAGGGUUGAGGUGACUUGAUCUCGGACGAACUGUUGAACGAUUGUUUCAAGGUUUGAGCUUGAAAAUGCGUGGAUAAUCUUCACCUCAAGGGUGUGGCAAAGGUAGUGUGUGAUGCGGGAUUUCGUUGCUUCUAGGGUCUUGGCGACUUGAUCUUGAAACGAACGUUGCUACAAGUUUAUAAGCUUGCAAUAAAGUCUUCAAGGGAUGGGCACGAGCGUUUGUUGAUUCUUCAAGGAAGUGCUUUGGCUUUGGUCAAGAGAAAACUUCAGCUUUGGUUGAAUGUUCUUCAAUGAGGGCUUUGGUAGUGUAUUAGUUUUCAAAGGUUUGGUAAAGUUUCUUCUGUAGAGAUUUUUCGACCUUUAUGCUUGUGGGAGGAUCUUGUAUUUAUAGGCUUCUCAAAGCUUACAUUUGGAUGGAUUUGGUUUUAAUUUAUGUCUUAAUUCGUCUAUGGGAGAAUUUAGGGAUGUUUUGUGUCUUAA